CUAAUCUCAGACACCGCCACAGAUUCGGCGGAAUCAAAUCCUUUCCUCCCUCUGUCUGAAACUUCUCAACUGACUCUGCAAUGUCGGCCAUCUCUGCACACCGGCGAAUGCACUCUCCUUCUUCUUCCCCUUGAGCCACAUUUCCGCGAAGCGAAAGCAAGCAUUAGCGGAGGUCCGACGUCAGCUCCCUUCCUCUCUCUCCCACUCUCUCUCUCUCUCUCCGUGUCUCUCUUGGUGUCUCUUCGGGCGUCUCCUCGUUUCAUGGACUGGCAUUGAAUUUAGGGUUUCUUCAAGGGCAGCGUAUUUAUAAAAUGAGCGGUUCUUCCCUUUUGAACGAGAAUCUCAAUGGAAUCUCUGAUUUCGAUGACUUCUUCAAAUUCCUUGAUUUUCCGUUGGAGGAUGUGGAAGGGAAUGUGGGAGAAGAUUGGAAUGCUAAGUUAGAAUUGCUUGAUCCGCCAUCGAUUGAUGUUUUGGCUGGUUUAUCACCUGGGUUUUCUGGUAAAACAAGUAAUGAUUCUUCAAAGUGUCCUGAAAAUCUCUCUGCUCCGUGUUAUGAAACCUCUCCACUAGAAGUGCUGCCGGUCACUGCUGAAGCCACAUCCAAUAGAAGCAUUGUCCUUCACAAAGCUUCUGAUGGCAAAGGUUUGCGGCUCUUCCAAACCUCUAGUCCAAUAUCUGUUCUCGAAAGCAGCAGCUCUUGCUCGGUUGAGAAUCCCACAACCGUUGAACCCAAAAUUAUUAGUGCUGUGAAGCGUGCUAGAAGCAAGCGUUCACGCCCACGCCAACCAAACUUCAACCAGAAAUUCGGGAUUCCUUUUUUUUCCUCUAGUCCCAAAAUAUCCCAUCCUUCAGCAUCUUUUGAAUCUGGUUCAGAAACAGAUUUGACUGAGACAGUAUCAAACCCAUCAAAAAGAAAAAUGAGGAAGAAAAAGAACUUGACAGUGCUCUCAGGUGCCACGGAGACGAUGGACCAUUCAUCACAAGGACCAGUUGCAACAAGAAAAUGCAUGCAUUGCGAGGUGACAAAGACCCCACAAUGGAGGGAGGGUCCAAUGGGGCCAAAGACCCUUUGCAAUGCAUGUGGUGUUCGUUACAGAUCUGGACGCCUCUUUCCGGAGUACCGUCCUAUGGCAAGUCCUACCUUCGUUCCAUCGGUGCAUUCCAACUCCCACAAAAAGGUAAUUGAGAUGAGAAGCAAAGCUAGUCUGGUGGCAGAAACUUUUUGAUCGCCCCUUGAGGUGAAGUAUCAAAUGAAUAGAUAUUUGUUAGAUUAUAUCUGAAAUGAAAGUAGUACUCCUAGUUUGGAGCUCCUUUGUUGUCUGUU